CCCCGGAGCCCAGAGGGAGGUCACAGCCCUGUGCCCAUAGCAGGCUCUGGCACCACCUGGGGGGCAGAUGUGACCCUGGGGGUCCCUAUCCCCAAGUCGGGGGUCCCUGUCCCUACUCAGGCAGAGCCGGGGGGGACAGCCAGGUCCCUGGGGGGUGUCCCUGUCCCCGUGUCGCGGUCCCACGGGGCCGGGCGGUGACACCUUCGCGCUUCCAGCGGCACCUGCGGGCUCCGCCCCAUGGCCGAGGAGUUCGGGAACGGCGCCGGGGCCGUGCCCGGGGCUUGGCCGGGGCUCGCCAGCAUCCAGGACCCGCGCAGGGCCGGCAGCGGCCACGUUUGCGGUGGGACCCUCAUCAGCCCCGCCUGGGUCCUCACCGCCGCCCGCUGCUUCCUCCACACCAGGAAUGUCAGCACGUGGCGCGUGGUCCUGGGGGCCUCAGACCUGAGCGACCCCGGCCCCGAGGCGCAGGUGCGGCAGGUGCGGUGGCUGCGGAAGCACCGGGAGCUGGACGUGGCCCUGCUGGAGCUGGAGCGGCCCGUGGAGUGCAGCGACUUCGUCCAGCUCGGCUGCGUGGCUGAGGCGGGGGCGCGGCCGGGUGGGCUCGCACCUUGUUAUAUUGGGGGCUGGGGCUCCAUGGCGGGCACAGCCCAGGCCGGCCGGGAGGUGCUGCAGGAGGCGCAGGUGCGGCUGCUCCAGCCCGAGCUCUGUAACAGCGGCGGCGAGACCGUGGCUUCCCAGCAGGUGUGCGCGGAGCACUCGCGGGGCGGGUCCCGCACCUGCCAGGGGGACAGCGGGGGUCCCCUGGUGUGCCGGGACCCCCGCUCGGACCAGUUCUGGAUCGCGGGGGUGACGAGCUGGGGCCGCGGCUGCGUCUUCACCCCCGCCUGGCGCUUCAGCGAGUGGAUCCUGCGGCAGCUGGAAGCGCCCGGGAGCGGCGGCGGCCCCGGCGAGGAGCCCGCGGCGCCGGUGAGCCCGGUGAGCCCGGUGAGCCCGGUGAGCCCGGUGCUGCUCCAGUUCUUCGCCGUGAUGCGAGAGCUGCUCCGCUUCCUGCGGGACCCCACGGGCUGAGCCGCGCCGCGGGCUCCGGCGGGGACAUUCCACGGGCUGGGCAAUUCCCGGCCUCCGUCCCUUUCCUCAGGGGCAGCCCCCGGCCCCGAUGUUAGAAUACAA